CACUCCGACACCAUAUCUUUCUACCGAUUUUUGAGCCUAAAACCACAUUUACCUAGGGUUUUGGCUCUCUCUCUCUCUCUCUCUCUCUCUCUCUCAGGUAGGGUUUCACAAUGAGCAGGUCGGGGCAGCCUCCGGAUCUCAAGAAAUACAUGGACAAGAAGCUUCAGAUCAAGCUGAAUGCUAACCGGAUGGUGGUAGGAACACUCCGUGGUUUUGAUCAAUUUAUGAAUCUUGUGGUUGACAAUACUGUGGAGGUCAAUGGCAACGAUAAAAACGAAAUAGGCAUGGUGGUUAUCAGAGGAAAUAGUGUGGUUACUGUGGAAGCACUUGAACCAGUAAGCAGAACUUAGCAAUUGCUGGUAGAAUGUAUUAAGGAAAGAAUGAUGUACUAAACCGUUUUCAGCGGUUGACAGAAAUUAUUUUUUUUUCUUUUGAGCCUAUUGUGGAACUGACUUAUAUCAUGAUUAGCCUUUUGUUAUGUACAAUUAGUAAUUUGGAUGGUAUAACCUUUGGAUCUUGCUUAUCCAAUCAAAGCCUAUGACUGGCUAGUGAGCAUGGAGGAUAUCUAUGGAUA